CCGCGCUGAAAAAACAACCGCACGCCUCGUUUUUGUUGUAGCCGAAGUUUGGAGACAAUAAACAGGUUUGGCUGCUUUCAGAAAAGGGAAUUUCACUCCGCUGUCAUCCCGGAAGACUCAGCACAUUGUCGCCUGGAAGGAAGUUGCAGCAAACAGCUGUUCAGCAGCCAUGGAGUCUUUAAAAAAGGGUUUCAAUAAAGCCAAGGAAGGAGUCGUGUUAGCGGCGGAGAAAACCAAGCAGGGAGUGACUGGAGCCGCCGAAUUGACCAAAGACGGGGUGAUUUAUGUCGGUGCCAAAACAAAGGAUGGAGUCUCAACAGUUGCAGGUAAAACCGUGACUGGAGUGACUCAGGUGAGCGGAGCUGUGGUGAACAGCGUGUCGGCCGUGGCCCAGAAAACCGUGGAGGGUGCCGGAAGCAUUGUCGCUGCCACCGGAUUGGUCAAGAAGGAUCCACCCAAGCCAGGUGAUGACACCUCACCAGAACAGACUAUGGCGGAAUCACCGGUCGACACCGACCCUGCUGAUGUUACAGAGGAGGACUCUGAUGACUGAAAAGCUCAAGAUCUUUCCGAUCAGCGAUCGAUGACC